UCCUCGGCCGGUCUUGAAGGGGUCUGGUCCGGUCCGGUGUGGCCGCUGCUUCCCGACAGUGCGAGUUUGUCGCCGCUCUCCAUCAUGUCUUACGGUCCUUUGGACUUGUAUCGCAAUCCGAGUCCAUCGGGGCCGCCGCUCCGGGACUUCAACAGCAUCAUCCAGACAUGCAGCGGCAACAUCCAGAGGAUCAGCCAAGCCACUGCUCAGAUAAAGAAUUUGAUGAGCCAACUAGGAACUAAACAGGACUCAAGCAAGCUACAGGAAAAUCUGCAACAGUUACAGCAUUCUACAAAUCAGCUUGCCAAAGAUACAAAUGAAUUAUUAAAGGAACUGGGGUCUUUGCCCCUUCCCUUAUCUACUUCAGAACAGCGCCAGCAGAAACUUCAGAAGGAACGCCUUAUGAAUGACUUCUCUGCAGCCUUAAACAGUUUCCAGGCUGUACAGAGAAGAGUAUCUGAAAAGGAAAAAGAGAGUAUUGCCAGAGCAAGAGCUGGAUCUCGCCUUUCUGCAGAGGAGAGGCAAAGAGAGGAGCAGCUCGUUUCAUUUGACAGCCAUGAGGACUGGAACCAGAUGCAGAGCCAGGAGGAUGAAGUGGCCAUCACUGAGGAGGAUCUGGAACUUAUUAAAGAGCGGGAAACGGCAAUUCGGCAGCUGGAGGCUGACAUUUUGGAUGUCAAUCAGAUAUUUAAAGAUUUGGCCAUGAUGAUCCAUGACCAGGGAGAUCUGAUUGAUAGUAUAGAAGCCAAUGUGGAAAGCUCAGAAGUUCAUGUAGAAAGAGCCACUGACCAGUUACAACGAGCUGCAUAUUAUCAGAAAAAAUCCCGCAAGAAGAUCUGUAUCCUGGUGCUUGUCCUGACAGUGACGCUUACAAUCCUGGCACUUAUUUUGUAUCUAGUUUAUAAAUGAAGUGUUUUCCUCAGAGCCUUCUCCUGCGAAGCUGUUUUUGAGGGUAAAUGCGGGUUGGAGUCUUGCCAGAACAAUCUGAUCACAAGAAAAGAGCAUACUCCAGAAUGUCCUGUAAUAAUUUAGUUAGAAACUAACUACUAAUUAUUCCUUGGAAUUAGUGAACUAUGGAGACAGUAUUUAUCAAUUUAUGUAUAAUUUUAUUGAUUUCUCAAAUUAGGAAUUAAUUUAUGUGAAAUUUGCUUUCUCUGGUAUCCUAAUUGCCCUUCAUCCCAAGUGUUUGCUAAGAAUUCCAUCCUAGAUGUUGUUUUGAUAGGUGACACUCCAGUCUUGUAAUACUGUCUUUAUGUAUAUACAGAUUAACCAUACUAGCAACUGAAAUAGUUACCUACUGACAUCCACCAUAUUGGAGUCUGUCAGAAACUGUAUAAUAACGCACCCAGUAGUUUUUUAUUAUUUAACACUUGGAUUUGAAUAUAUAAGAAGCCUAACUGCUUUAAAAUAUUUUGCAGUGUAUUUGAGGAAAAUAUUGCACAUGUGACCCAGAAGUAUCUAUUUGAGGUGGUCAGUUGUUGGUGGUAUCUGUUAAUCUGGGUUUAAAGUUUAUUUGCUAGUGCCAUCUAGCAGUUUGUCCAUAUACACUAAGCCAUCUUUUCACUUUUUAAGGAGGUUAAUUUAGUUAACACUAUAAUAUUCUGUGAGUGGGGUUUGUCUUCCACCUAUCUCUAUAGAAAGGAAGAAUUAGAUGAAGCAUGCUUUUGGAAAGCAAAUCAGAAUUGCUUGGAAUGAAUUAAUUUUUUUUUUCACUUGUGGUUCUACAUUCCUGGUGAAUGAUGAAUAUUGCUGUCAGACACUGCACCCGACUCUAUAAGGGUUACUGGGAAUUUGAUGGCAGAAAGAUUUAGAAAACCACACUAAGUUGGUGUAAAAUUUAGUGGUGUGAACCUGGUGAUAAAGCAAAGAACAGGUUCAUUUUUUGUAAAUAAUUGUUUGGUGACUGAUGGUAGACCUAUCCUAAUUUAUGAACAAGCAUAGUCUUAGACAAAGAAAUGUUUCAGUAAAUAUUGUUGUCUUGCAAUAUAAAUGUUGUCCACUUCCCUUUUCACAGAUCUAGAACAACUAAAGGAAAUGUAAAUUUAUUAGGCUUUCACUUAAAUGUGAAGCUGGCAAAAAUUGUCAGUUCAGUCUUAGUGAUUUAACUACCCUGAAUAAGUUUUUUCUACUUUCUUUAAUGUUACUUAAUCUUCUUGUACUUAACUAAUGUGAACAAUAGGGACAGAAGGAUCCCAGUGCUUAAGUUUCUGGCACUAUUCUACCUACUUCAUAUAAAUAAACAUUUUUAAAAGCU